UCCGAGCGAGCCCUUGGCACAGCGGGUCAGUACCCGCCUCUCCCGGCCCGGCCCGUGGGCUGCUCCCCGCCCCGCUGCUGGCUGGCUGGUGCCUUUCCAGCCCCGCGGAGCAUUGCUGCAGCGGGGAGCGGCGCGGCCGGCUGAGCGCCUCCGCCGGGCUGGAAGUUGUGCCCGGCACCUUCUCACCUGACAGGGGCAACUUCCCCCGGCAGACAGACAGGACCUGGCUCAUCCCUGCCUCCGGAUCGCCCGGGCUGCGCUGCGCUGCGCAGUCACUCCGCUGCCACGUGAACCAGGGACCUUCAUCUUCAUGACGGAAGAGAGCGUCAUGGCCUUUAGGAUUCAAGAUUUUACUAGGCUGAGGAUUGACCGGGACUGAAAGAUUUUGGGUUACUCAUAAAUCUCCCCAAACUAACACACACAGACACAGUCCCUCUCUCCUCAUUGCUACCGUUAUUGGUUGUGAGUAAAAAGAUGGCAUCCAGCCUUACUUGCACUGGGAUGAUCUGGGCACUUCUCUCCUUCCUCUGCGCUGCUGCCUCGUGCAUAGGAUUCUUUAUGCCCUACUGGCUGUUGGGGUCUCAGCUGGAGAAGUCAGUGUCCUUUGGCACUUUCCGAAGGUGUUCCUAUCCAGUGCGUGAUGAGAGCCGUCAGACUACAGUGAUGGUAGAGCAGUGUGGCCGCUAUGCAUCCUUCCAGGCCAUCCCAAGUGCUGAGUGGAGGAUCUGCACCGUGGUGACGGGGCUGGGCUGCGGCCUCCUCCUUUUGGUGGCGCUGACUGCACUCAUGGGCUGCUGUGUGUCCGAGCUCAUCUCCAGAACUGUGGGCAGAGUAGCAGGAGGCAUCCAGUUCCUGGGAGGGUUAUCUCUGAUUUCAUGCAGCAGUGCUGUAAAAUGCGCAAGAAAUGAACUAAUUGAGAAACCAUCACUUCUGAAGGUGCAUAAAAAGAAACUUAAGACCUUAGAGAUGGGGGAUGGUGUGGUGGGUCAGUAA